GUUGGAGUGUUGACGCUUUGGGUCCCCUCGAAGAAACUACACAAAUGGCUAUAAGUAAAGGGUUUGAUUGAAUGUCUGUGAAGAAAGAAAAAAAACAGACAACUAAAAGAGAAACAACAAUUCAGAGAAGACAAAGAUCUUCUUAUAAGAAUGGAGGUUCUUGUGAAAUUAUCCACUUCGGAUUCUCUUCUUAAGGAUAAAGUUCUUGGAUCUGUUCAAAUCCACGAAGCUAGUAAGAUCGAUGGUGAUCAUGAGAAAUUUGAAUCUGCGAAGGCUGAGAUGAGCGAGGUGAAGGAAGAGAACGAGAAGCUUAAAGGGAUGCUCGAACGAAUUGAAAGUGAUUACAAAUCUCUGAAACUUAGAUUCUUCGACAUAAUUCAACAAGAACCUUCAAACAAACCAACUCAAGAUCAAAACAUGGCUAAUCUUCCGAAGGCGACGACGGAUUUGAGUUCUUUUGAUCAAGAACGCGAGCUUGUGUCGCUUUCACUCGGGAGAAGAAGUUCGUCUCCGAGUGAUAACGCCUCGAAAAAGGAAGAGAAAACAGAUCACGCCAUCAGCAAAGAAGUCAAGGAUGAUGACGAAUUGACCAAGGCUGGUUUGACCUUAGGGUUCAAUAACGGCAACGGCCAUGAGCCAAACGGGACUUUAUCUGUUGAGAAUCCUGCCAAUUCUAGCCUGGAAAACAGCUCGGAAGAAGCUCCGGGAGAAUCUUGGCCGCCAGGUAAAGUUACCGGGAAGAGAAGCUCUCCGGCACCGGCUUCCGGUGGAGAUGUUGAUGGUGAGGCCGGUCAGCAAAACCAUGUGAAGAGAGCUAGAGUCUGUGUUAGAGCAAGAUGCGACACGCCAACGAUGAAUGAUGGUUGUCAAUGGAGAAAAUAUGGUCAAAAGAUUGCGAAAGGAAACCCAUGUCCACGAGCAUACUAUCGCUGCACGGUUGCACCUGGAUGUCCCGUUAGAAAACAGGUCCAAAGAUGUGCAGAAGACAUGUCCAUACUAAUCACAACCUAUGAAGGAACACACAGCCAUCCUCUUCCUCUCUCAGCCACCACCAUGGCCUCUACUACUUCAGCCGCCGCUUCCAUGCUCCUCUCCGGCUCCUCCUCCUCCUCAUCAGCCGCCGAAAUGAUCGGAAACAACCUCUACGACAGUUCAAGAUUCAUCAACAACAACAGCAACAACAACAAAUCCUUCUAUUCACCCACCCUUCACUCCCCAUUACAUCCCACCGUCACUCUCGACCUCACCGCUCCACAACACUCUUCUUCUUCUUCUUCUUCAUUGCCUUCUUUAAAUUUCAACAAAUUCUCAAACUCUUUCCAGAGAUUCCCAUCAACAAGCCUAAAUUUCUCCUCCAGUUCAUCAAACCCUUCUACUCUCAACCUACCCGCGAUUUGGGGUAAUGGAUAUUCUUCUUAUUCUCCAUAUCCUUACAAUAACGUCCAGUUUGGGACGUCCGAGAUAGGGAAAACAGUUCAAAAUAGUCAGUCUUUAACCGAAACGCUAACGAAAGCGCUUACUUCCGACCCAAGUUUCCACUCGGUGAUCGCUGCUGCAAUCUCAUCCAUGGUCGGAUCCAACGGGGAACAACAGAUCGUCGGUCCACGGCAUCCUAAUAGCAAUAACAUUCAACAAAUCGCCGCGACGAAUAACAACAAAGGAUGUGGAGGCUAUUUUAGCAGCUUAUUGAUGUCUAACAUUAUAGCGAAUAAUCAAACAGGCGCGUCGUUGGAUCAACCAUCGCCGCAGCUUCCUCCGUUCUCUGUGUUCAAGAGUUCUUCUUCUUCGUCUUCUACGACUAGUUUCGUGAACAAGGAAGAGAAAAGCUAGUAAUUGUAUCACAAGAACCUCCAUUGUUAAUUUUUUUUUGUGGUGAUUUAUUUAUUAGGUUUUUCAUAGUAUUGUAUCUGAAGAUAUUGAUUCUUGUUCGUCCGUUUCUCAUAAGUGUUUUUUAUUCGAGUUAGGACAGUCUGCAACCGAAUUCAAAUAGACCAAAUUAAAUGUACAAUUGAUGUUUACUUGUGUAGCAAGAAUUAGUUUGAAUUAAGAUAAUGCAGCAAUGGACUGUAUAUUCAAGUGCG